AUGAAAUUGAACGUCAUUGUGAAUUUUGCUGCCGUCGUUGCUCUUGCACUCGCUCAAGUUAACACUGUCAACGCUGGCUAUCUUCGUACUUUUGAAAGUUAUCUGACAAGCUACGAUGCCAGUACUAGCAACAGCGGCGAUGGCGAACGACUUCUUGAAGAAGUAGAGAGUUCGGAAGGUGAAAAUAGCGAAAGUCUGGAAGGUGAUAGCAGCGAAAGUUUGGAAGGCGAAAGCAGCGAGAGCUAUCAUAAUGACCGGUUCCUUACUGAAGUUGACAGUGAGAGUUUCUUGCAGGAAUCAGAUAAUCUCUUGCUGGAUAAGGUCAGCGAGAGCGUGGACAGCAGUGCCAGUAGCAAUGGCUCGGAAGGAAGCGACGGAUCUGAAGUCGGACGUUUGUUGCAGGAGGUUGAAGGCAGCAAUGACACAGACGAUCACGAUAACGGACAUAACAGCACGAACGAUGAUGAUAUAGGAAGUGACAGUAUUGCAAGUGACGAGAGUAGCGAAAGCGGCAGCUCUUAA